CUGCCUCCGGGAGCGUUUGAGGAGUCGCGGGCCGCCGCAGGCUCGGGCGCCGCACCGCGCCGACCGGAGCCGCCGGACGAGGCCCGGGGAGCCGCUCGCGCCGACCCCGCCGCCCGAUGUCCUCAAGAUGGAGGCAGCGGGGGCGGCGACGUGAAGAGAGCGGCGCUGUGGGCGCGGGAGCGGGGGCCCGGGCGGCCCGGGCGGAGGCGGUGCCGGGAUGGGGCUGCUGCUCAUGAUUCUGGCGUCGGCCGUGCUGGGCUCCUUCCUCACGCUCCUCACCCAGUUCUUGCUGCUGUACCGCAAGCAGCCCGAGCCGCCGCCGGACGAGGCGGCCCGCGCGGGCGACGGCUUCCGCUACAUCAAGCCGGUGCCGGGCCUGUCCCUGAGGGAGUACCUUUAUGGCGGCGGCGGCGGGGCUGAGGAGCCCUCCGGCGGGCCCCCCGAGGGCGGCGCGACCCCGGCCCCCGAGACCCCCGCCCCGCCGACGCGGGAGACCUGCUACUUCCUCAACGCCACCAUCCUGUUCCUGUUCCGGGAGCUGCGGGACACCGCGCUGGCCCGCCGCUGGGUCACCAAGAAGAUCAAGGUGGAGUUCGAGGAGCUGCUGCAGACCAAGACGGCCGGGCGCCUGCUGGAGGGGCUGAGCCUGCGGGACGUGUUCCUGGGCGAGACCGUGCCCUUCAUCAAGACCAUCCGGCUCCUCCGGCCGGUGGUGCCCUCGGCCGGCGGAGAGCCGGACGGCCCCGAGGGGGAGGCGCUGCCCGCCACCUCCCCGGAGGAGCUGGCCUUCGAGGCGGAGGUGGAGUACAACGGCGGCUUCCACCUGGCCAUCGACGUGGACUUGGUGUUCGGCAAGUCGGCCUACCUGUUCGUCAAGCUGUCCCGAGUGGUGGGGAGGCUGCGCUUCGUCUUCACUCGCGUGCCCUUCACCCACUGGUUCUUCUCCUUCGUGGAGGACCCGCUGAUCGACUUCGAGGUGCGCUCCCAGUUUGAAGGGCGGCCUAUGCCCCAGCUCACCUCCAUCAUCGUCAACCAGCUCAAGAAGAUCAUCAAGCGCAAGCACACUCUGCCGAGUUACAAGAUCAGGUUUAAGCCGUUUUUUCCAUUCCAAACCUUGCAAGGAUUUGAAGAAGAUGAAGAAGAACAUAUCCAUAUACAACAGUGGGCACUUACCGAAGGCCGUCUCAAAGUUACAUUGUUAGAAUGUAGCAGGUUACUCAUUUUUGGAUCCUAUGACAGAGAGGCAAAUAUUCACUGUACGCUUGAGUUGAGCAGUGGUGUUUGGGAAGAAAAACAGAGGAGUUCGAUUAAGACGGUUGAAUUAAUAAAGGGGAAUUUACAGAGUGUUGGACUUACGCUUCGUCUUGUCCAGUCAACUGACGGGUAUGCUGGGCAUGUCAUAAUUGAGACUGUGGCCCCAAACUCACCUGCUGCACUCGCAGACCUUCAACGGGGAGACCGACUCAUUGCUAUUGGAGGUGUGAAAAUCACCUCUACCCUGCAAGUGUUGAAGCUGAUCAAGCAGGCCGGCGACCGGGUCCUGGUGUAUUACGAAAGGCCCGUCGGCCAGGGCGCGGCCCUGCAGGAUCAUUUCGGACAGCUGGAGGAACACUUCCUGUCGGCCUCAUGCCCACCGAACUAUGAGGAGGAGACACCUGCCUUGGCAGCGGAUGCUGAGAACAGAGAUUUGGACUCUGAAUUUGAAGACCUGGCAGGUGAUGUCCGAGCACAAACUGAGCUCAAAGAUGAGGCACCGUCAUUAAGUCACAGUCCCAAACGUACUCCAACAACACUUUCUGUUAAACCCCUUGGAACGAUAUCACCGGUUUUAAACCGUAAAUUAGCUGUAGGAAGUCACCCACCCCCACCAAAACCUCCGUGCAAAGAAGGAAAUAAACCCUCAGCCCUAAAAGCUUCUGAGGUAACAGACCCAACGCAAGUGUCAAAACCCACCCAAGGAUCCACUUUCAAACCACCCGUCCCACCACGACCACAGGUGAAAGUCCCUUUGCCUUCUGCCGACGCCCCGAGUCAGACAGAACCAGAUGUGCCCGCAGAAAAGCCAGAAAAGGUGCUGCCUCCUCCUCCUGCAGAUAAACCUGCUGAGAAGCAAGCAAAAACUACAGAUCACACGGAAGACGCGGCUGCAUCGAAGCAGUUUUUAGCAAAGCAAGACGUGGUGAGAGAUUUUCCAUCAGAAAGUUCCUGCCCUCCCAAGGACAGUUCAGAUGACCCCCAGACAUGGGAAUCGUCAGAAAUCCCUUACCGAAAUAAGCUAGGAAAAUGGACCAGAAGCAGAGCAACCUGUCUCUUUGACAUAGAAGCCUGCCACAGGUACUUAAACGUUGCCCUGUGGUGCAGGGAUCCCUUCAAGUUAGGGGGUCUUAUCUGUCUGGGGCACGUUAGCUUGAAACUUGAAGACGUGGCUCUAGGAUGUCUGGCGACAUCAAACAUGGAAUACUUUUCAAAGUUCCGACUGGAAGCCCCCUCACCUAAGGCGAUGGUCACGAGAACCGCCCUGCGCAGUCUGAGUGUGCAGAAGGGAUUCAAUGACAAAUUUUGCUUUGGUGACAUUACUAUUCACUUCAAAUACUUGAAAGAAGGAGAGCCAGACCACCCUGUAGUCCCUAACUUAGAGAAAGAGAAAGACCUCCAUUUGAUCGAAGAGGUUCCUGCCCUACCCAAAGAGGAGCAUCUCGUUGGACAGAUGGGCUUGACAGAAAACAAACAUAGUUUCCAGGAUACUCAGUUCCAGAACCCAACUUGGUGUGAUUACUGUAAGAAAAAAGUGUGGACUAAAGCUGCCUCCCAGUGUAUGUUCUGUGCUUACGUCUGCCAUAAAAAAUGUCAGGAAAAGUGUCUAGCCGAGACUCCUCUCUGCGGAGCAGCUGAUAGGCGGAUAGACCGGACCCUGAAAAACCUCAGGCUGGAAGGACAGGAAAGCUUCUUAGGCCUGCCUCCUCGUGUCGAUGCUGAAGCUAGCAAGUCAGUCAACAGAACAACAGGUUUGACAAGACAUAUUAUCAAUACGAGCUCCCGUUUGCUAAAUCUGCGCCAGGUCUCUAAAACUCGCCUUUCCGAACCAGGAACUGAGCUGGUGGAGCCUUCACCAAAACACACACCCAACACAUCCGACAACGAAGGCAGCGACACAGAGGUGUGUGGUCCGAACAGUCCUUCUAAACGGGGAAACAACACAGGAAUAAAGUUGGUGAGAAAGGAGGGUGGUCUGGACGACAGCGUUUUCAUUGCAGUUAAAGAAAUCGGCCGCGAUCUGUACAGGGGUUUGCCUACGGAGGAGAGGAUCCAGAAACUUGAGUUCAUGCUGGAUAAACUGCAGAAUGAAAUUGACCAGGAGCUGGAACACAAUAAUUCCCUUGUUAGAGAAGAAAAGGAAACAACCGAUACAAGGAAAAAAUCACUUCUUUCUGCCGCUCUGGCGAAAUCAGGUGAAAGACUACAAGCCCUGACACUUCUCAUGAUCCACUACAGAGCAGGCAUUGAAGAUCUGGAAUCUUUAGAAAGUCUGUCUUUAGACCAGCCCUCCAAAAAAAUAAGCAAGUACACAGAUGAUACAGAAGAAGAUCUUGAUAAUGAAAUAACCCAGCUGAUCGACUCCCAGCCAUUCAGCAGCAUAUCAGAGGGCUUGUUUGGCCCAUCCGAGUCUGUUUAACAGACAGCCCGCUUAAAUACUCUCAAGUGAUUGGGGAAAAGUCGCAUCUAAAGUACCACAGAUAAACCACGUUUUAAACCCUCUUACAAAGCACUUCGGCCCACUGCUCCACAGUCAUUUGCUUGCGUAGGAACCAGAGUGAAAAAGGUGGUUUUCCAGCGAAAACAUGACCAGCUCACUAAAAUGGUUGUUUCGGAUUACAUUUAUAGCUAUGCUUUUUUGGGUUUAUACUGGGAAUUUAUUUUUACUAAUUUAUUUUUAACUUUUUCUAAUUAUGUAAUUAUGUAAGCUAACUUUUCAUGUUUAUGUAUGUGUGAUGUCUCGUGUUAUUUUUCUUCAUCUUAGUUUCUGAAUUAGUGUUAUGUAGGAUACUGUCCAAAUUCUUGAACUGUUUUCAUUUCCAUCACGGUUCUAACGAGUUUGCUGCCCAGAUUGACAACGGCAAUCACUGAGGGAACAGGUUUUGAAUCUUUGUGUUAGGAAGUUUAUCAUCUCCACUUGCUCGAGAUUUUUGUUGUUUUGGGGCUUGGGGGGGGGGGGGGGGGUUGUUUUUGCCAAAUGUAACAAAAGCCGAUGCUGUGGCUUUAGUCAGUUACACUGAUUUAGUAUUAAAAAAAGAAAAAAAGAAAAAACAGUUACAUAUAUUGCUUGCUUUCUAUCCUGUGAAUUUUUUUCUAGUUUUUGUGCAGUUUUAGUGAGAAUAUAGUUAUUAAUUUGAAGAGGUUGCAUUGCAAAACAAAAUGUAAUAGGGAAUAAAGAAUGCAGUUGGGCAAGAAUUUUUUAGACAAGAUCACUAAACAGUAACUGGUAGGAUUUUGAAAUCUAAUCUUUUAAAAGGUUGAUUGAUGCUUUCUCCUUUUAAAUGGAAGUUCUGAACAUUUAUGAUUUUUUUUUUUCCAUCUUUAGUUCUCCCAUGGGAAAUAAAGCAUGUCAAGGAUGAAGUUUCAGAGGCCUGUUCUUAAAAUGACCGUGUUGAUAACUGACUUUGGCUGUUUUGUUUUAGAAACCUUUUCUUGCGGGAGGAUGUUGUGAAGGAGAGGAAUCACGCAAGAUAGAUUUAUUUAUCGCUUCUCUGACCUGCUGCAGGUUAAAGGAGUAGUGAUUCCUCCAGGUGCUUCUGCAGUGCUGUCUUCGUUUAAAAAAUGAAAACAAAAAUUAACAGUACAGUACAUAGGACUUGGGGUCAGUUCUCUGAUGACAAGGAUCUAUUUGGAUACUCGGUCCAUCGUGUAGACCCCAGUAACGCAUGGCCACUAUCAGUUAUACCAUAGAAGUUCUGGCCUUUUAUAGGUCUAUUUUCCUUCUGUAGGGAACUACUCUGAUAAUUGAUCCAUAGUAGAAACUGGCAUGAUAAUUUUGAAUCUAGAUGGGACAGUUUUGAUGGCAUAGUAAAUUAGUAAGGGUUCUGGUCCAGGUCUCCAGCCUAGGACUCCAGAUGAAAGUUUAAGUUCAAACUCUUCCAGUGGCCACGAGUGAACUAAGCACAAGAGUGUUCUGUGCCAGUCUCCCCCGCUCCGAAGUAGGAACAGACAAUACUAACUACCUCACAGGAUCAUCGUGAGGAGAACAGAAUGGCAAAAGUGCUCCGAACAGUAAAAAGCUAUUCAAAAAGAGUACGACUCUUACGGAGCACAGAAACAUGUUUGAGGGUAGAAAAGUUAUUCCACUUUUAGAAUCAAUGGCCAGUUCUCAUUCUUGCUGUUUUUUAUGAAGUGAAAUAUUAGGAAAUAUGUUUAUUGGCCAAGUUUAUAGAACAAAAGUCUGUGUAUCCCGUUUUGUUUAGUUAAGCAUGCUUGCAUUUUAAAUGAACGCUGCUGUAGAAGUCUUUAUACACCAACUUCUCUGAAAGCUAAAAAUGGUUCUGUAACAUGCUUGAAACAGUGUGCCCAACGUAAUUACCAACUUUUAUCUUAUAAAGAAAUAACUUACCAGUGAUAACCUGGAAGGUCAGUGUCUGUAAGUGGCUGGUGUUGAUGGACGGAUGACACCACAGAAGCUUUAGUGACAGCCAGGCAUGCUGCUGAAGCUGGUGCGUUUGAAAAGAGCUGCAGGAAUAACGCAAAAUCUUGGUUUCCUAAAAAUCUCCUGUUUCAAAAGUAUUUAACUCUGUAGAACCACAAUUAUGAAAAGCUCGGUAAUGCUGCUGAUUAUAUUUGUAAAAUCUACCUUUAAUGUAGUGCAAUAUUUUUAUAUCUACUGAGGUAGUGGCAUCACGGCUGUACUUGAGUGCAGGGGAGGGGGGGUCACUACAAGCAGCCUAGGGGUAGUGAGGGGUAAGGCUUCUGAAAUAAUUGUAUUCUAUUACAUUCCUGAUGUAAUCUUGCUGCCAUGCUAUGUUAUCAAUAGCUAAAAAUAAAAAGAACUACCACAGAAAA